CCCUCCGCUCCUAUUGUGAGCGAGCGCCAGUCUUGCCGCCCCGCGCGGCUCGAGUCUCGCGAGAGGUCAGCACAAGGCGGUUGGCCUGAGGCGCUUUCUGCUCGUGUCUCUUUCGUCAGGAGGGUCGCUUCGCCGACCUCCCUUCGCGUUCUGCCUCGCUCUCCCUUCGAGCCAGUCGCCUCCGGACGAGCCAUGUCUCGCUACCUGCGGCCUCCCAACACCUCGCUCUUCGUGCGGAACGUGGCCGAUGACACCAGGUCUGAAGAUUUACGUCGUGAAUUUGGUCGUUACGGUCCGAUAGUAGAUGUGUAUGUACCUCUGGAUUUCUACACUCGCCGUCCAAGAGGAUUCGCUUAUGUUCAAUUUGAAGAUGUCCGUGAUGCUGAAGAUGCCCUUCAUAAUUUGGACCGGAAGUGGAUUUGUGGCGCGCCAAAUAGAAAUCCAGUUUGCUCAAGGAGAUCGUUAAAAGUAUCACCAAACCAAAUGAAAGCCAAGGAAGGAAGAAAUGUAUACAGCUCUUCCCGUUACGAUGACUAUGACAGAUACAGACGUUCUAGAAGCCGCAGUUACGAAAGGAGGAGGUCAAGAAGCCGCUCUUUUGACUACAGCUAUCGCAGAUCUUAUAGUCCUAGAAACAGUAGACCUGCUGGGAAGACGUCGACCGUAGCAGAAGUCGUUCAGAAUAAUGAUAGGUUCAGGACACCGUAA